GAAUUUGGGGCUGGAAAAGCGGGAAUUUGAGGCCGGAAAAGCGGGAAUUUGGGGCCGGAAAAGCGGGAAUUGUGUCCGGCGCUCCCGCAGGUGCUGGAGGCGUUCGAGCAGGCGGAGCGGGAGCCGAAGCCCCCUCCCCACCUGCUCUUCUCCGACGUUUACCGGGAGAUGCCCCCGCGGCUGCGGCGGCAGCGGGAGGAGCUGCAGCGGCACCUGGAGACCUACGGGGAGCACUACCCGCUCCAGAACUUCCAGAAGUGAGCCCGGAAUGCCGGGAAUCCCGCGGGAAACCCAGGGGGAAACCACGGGAAUCCCCCGGGAAACCCAGGGGGAAACCACGGGAAUCCUGCGGGAAACCCAGGGGGAAACUCACGGGAAUCCCACGGGAAUUCCAGGGGGAAACCACAGGAAUCCUGCAGGAAACCCACGGGAAUUAUGGGAAUCCCCUGGGAAAUCACAGGAAUCCCACGGGAAUUCCAGGGGGAAACCACGGGAAUCCCAGGGGGAAACCACGGGAAUCCUGCAGGAAACACAUGGGAAUUCCAGGAAACCCCUGGGAAAUCCCGGGAAUCCCCCGGGAAUUCCAGGGGGAAAGCACGGGAAUCCUGCGGGAAUCCCAUGGGAAUUAUGGGAAUCCCCUGGGAAACCACGGGAAUCCCCCGGGAAUCCCCUGGGAAUUCCGGGAAUCCCCCAGCACCCUCAGAAAUCCCUGGGAAUACCGGGAAUCCCACAGGAAUUCCAUGGGAAAACCACGGGAAUUCCACGGGAAUCCCGGGAAACCCCUGGGAAUUCCGGGAAUCCCCUGAGAAUCCUUCAGCACACUUGGGAAUUCUGGGAAUCCCUCGGGAAUUCCGGGAAACCCCCCGGGAAUCCCUCAGCACCCCUGGGAACCCCUCAGCACCCUCAGGAAUUCCAGGAAUCCCACAGGAAUCCCUCAGCACCCUUGGGAAUUCUGGGAAUUCUGGGAAUUCCAUGGGAAUUCCACGGGAAUCCCGGGAAACCCCUGGGAAUUCCAGGAAUCCCACGGGAAAUCACGGGAAUCCCACGGGAACUCUCCAGGAAUCCCUCAGCACCCCCGGGAAUUCUGGGAAUCCUCUGGGAAUCCCUCAACAACAUCGGGAAUUCCAGGAAACCCCUGGGAAUUCCGGGAAACCCCCGGGAAUGCCUCAGCACCCCUGGGAAUUCCAGGAAACCCCUGGGAAUUCCGGGAAUCCCUCGGGAAUUCCAUGGGAAACCCCUGGGGAAUUCCAGGAAUCCCCUGGGAACCCCUCAGCACCAUCAGGAAUUCUGGGAAUCUCCCGGGAAUCCCUCAGCACCCCCGGGAAUCCCGGGAAUUUUCCGGGAAUCCCUCAGCACCCCCGGGAAUCCCCCGGGAAUCCUGGGAAUCCCUCAGUGUUCCCGAGAAUCCCAGGAAUUCUCCAGGAAUCCCUCAGAAUUCCUGGGAAUCCCCUGGGAAUCCCUCAGCACCCUCUGGAAUUCCGGGAACCCCCCGGGAAUCCCAGGAAUCCCCCGGGAAUCCCUCAGCACCCCCGGGAAUCCCAGGAAUUUUCCGGGAAUCCCCCGGGAAUCCCUCAGCAUCCCCGGGAAUCCCUCAGCACCCCUGGGAAUCCCAGGAAUUUUCCGGGAAUCCCCCGGGAAUCCCUCAGCAUUCCCAGGAAUCCCCCGGGAAUCCCCCGGGAAUCCCUCAGCACCCCCGGGAAUCCCUCAGCACCCCUGGGAAUCCCAGGAAUUUUCCGGGAAUCCCCCGGGAAUCCCUCAGCACCCCCGGGAAUCCCAGGAAUUCUCGAGGAAUCCCUCAGCAUUCCCGGGAAUCCCCCGGGAAUCCCUCAGCAUCCCCGGGAAUCCCUCAGCACCCCUGGGAAUCCCAGGAAUUUUCCGGGAAUCCCCCGGGAAUCCCUCAGCACCCCCGGGAAUCCCAGGAAUUCUCGAGGAAUCCCUCAGCAUUCCCGGGAAUCCCCCGGGAAUCCCUCAGCAUCCCCGGGAAUCCCUCAGCACCCCUGGGAAUCCCAGGAAUUUUCUGGGAAUCCCCUGGGAAUCCCUCAGCAUUCCCGGGAAUCCCCCAGGAAUCCCCCGGGAAUCCCUCAGCAUUCCCGGGAAUCCCCCAGGAAUCCCCCGGGAAUCCCUCAGCAUUCCCGGGAAUCCCAGGAAUUUUCUGGGAAUCCCCUGGGAAUCCCUCAGCAUUCCCGGGAAUCCCUCAGCAUUCCCAGGAAUCCCCCAGGAAUCCCUCAGCAUUCCCGGGAAUCCCCUCUCCGCCUCCCAGUCCCGCUGGAAUCCGCCCCAGAAUCCACCUGGAGCGUCCCGGGGAGCCCUGCCCGCCCCAGCAGGGAUGAGCCCAUCCGGGAAUUCCCGGGAAUUCCCAGGGAUUCCCCCGGGGUUCCCCCGGCGAAUUUCCCCCCAAAUUCCCGCCGGGAUCCCGGGGCAGCGGGAAGCGAUCCCGGAAUUCCCGGAUCCCCCAAUAAAAUCAGAUCUGGGAAGAAAAGAGCCUCGGAAUUUUGGGAAUUUUGGGGAUUUUGGGGAUUUUUUUUAGGGGAGGAUCCGGCGGGAUUUGAGGGCUCCGGGAAUGACCCAAACACCCAAAAAAAAUAAAAACAAAAUCAGUGGGAAAAGAAGGGAUUUAUUCAGGGGGGAUCCCAAAAACUCCGGAUCCCGGGAGGGUUCAGGGCGGAUCCCGGAUCCUGGGAGGGUUCAGGGUGGAUCCCAGAUCCCGGGAGGAUCCCGGGAGGAGCAGGGGUUGAUCCUGGGCGGAUCCCAAAACUCCGGAUCCUGGGAGGAGCAGGGGUUGGUUCAGGGUGGAUCCCGGAUCCAGGGAGGAUCCCAGAUCCCAGGAGGAUCCCGGGAGGAGCAGGGGUUGAUCCAGGGAGGAUCCCAAAACCCCCAGAUCCUGGGAGGAGCAGGGGCUGGUUCAGGGAGGAUCCCGGAUCCAGGGAGGAUCCAGGGUGGAUCCCAGAUCCCAGGAGGAUCCCGGGAGGAGCAGGGGUUGAUCCAGGGAGGAUCCAGGGUGGAUCCCAGAUCCCAGGAGGAUCCCAGGAGGGUCCCGGGAGGAGCAGGGGCUGGUUCAGGGAGGAUCCCGGAUCCAGGGAGGAUCCAGGGUGGAUCCCAGA